AUGAAAGCAAUUAAAGAUUUUAUAUCUAAUCCAAAAUCUAUCAAAUUUCUUAAAUGGGAAAAUAAAUGGGAAUCUAAAAUAAUGAAUAUAAGAGAAUAAGAAUUUGCUAUUAUUGCAGGUUCAAAAUGGUUGGAUUCACUCUGUGUCUUAUUUUGGUCUAUUACUAAUACAUUAAUAUCUUCAGUUACUUUAUAUGUAUAUUCAUAAAAUAAUGAUCUUGAAAAUGUUUUUACUAUAAUUUAUGUAUUUUCUUUAUUAACAAAUCCCUUAAAUUCAUUACCAUGGACAUUAGCAGGAAUGUUAUAAGCAAAAACAUCAUUUUUAAGAAUUAAUUCUUUUGUUAUAACAAGAAAAUCAAAUAAUUAAUUUAAAGAGGGUAUAGAAAUUAAUUAAGCUGAACUUAAAUGGGAUUUUGAUAGUGAAUUCACAUUAAGAAUACCUCAUUUCAAAAUUGAUAAUAUAGUAUUUGUAGGAGGAAAAGUUGGAUCUGGAAAAUCUUCAUUUUUACUUUCACUUUUAAAUCAAAUGAAAAUUUAAUCAGGUUAUUUUUAAGUGAAUUAAUAAUUUUCAUAUGUCUCCUAACAAAGUUGGCUUUUUAAAGGAACAAUUAGAGAUAAUAUUCUAAUGUAAUCAAAAUACAAUGAUGAAUUAUACAAAUAAUGUUUAAUAUAAAGUAAUUUAAUUGAUGAUAUAUAAAAAUAUCCAGAAAAAGACUUAUUUGAUGUUGGACCUGAUGGAUCUAAGCUUUCAGGAGGAUAAAAAUAGAGAUUAUGUAUUUGUAGAGCUCUAUACAAUUAAAAUGAUAUUUAUUUAAUGGAUGAUAUUUUUAGUAGUUUAGAUCCAUAAGUAGGAGAUAGUAUUUUUAAUAAUUUAUUAAAAAUAACAAAACCCAUCAUAUUUGCAUUAAAUGAUAAUUAUUUAUAGAGAUACAAAAAAUAUGCAGAUUAAAUAAUAAUAAUUAAAAAUGGUUAGGUUAUUUAUGAUAAAUAGGAGAUUGAGAUGUAUUUUUAAGAUUUACAAGAAUAAACAUUUGAUUUGAAAGAAUAAAAAGUGAAUUUAGUUUAAUAAGAGAUAAUAUAACAUGAGAGAGAGAACCAAUAGGAUGUUGAAAUAAAAAAAACUUAAAAGUCGUUGUCUUUUUAUUUAAAAUCAUUAGGCUUAUUAAACUUAUUAUGGAUAUUAGUAUCAUUAGCUUUAAUGUAAAUUUCAUUUAAUGUAUAUGAUAUAUGGUUAAACACAUAUAUAAAUGAGAAUCCUAUGUUUAUAUUUAAUAAUUCAUUUGUUUUUACAUUGUUCAUGUUAGUAUUAAUCGAUAUAAUAAUUAAAUUAUCAAGAGCUGUAUCUUUUGCAUAUGGUAACUUAGAGUAAGCAAAAAAAAUAUUUGUUUAAUUGUUAAAUCAUGUGAUACAUGCAAAAUGUUCUUUUUUUGAUGCUGAAGAGAGUGGAGAGAUUUUAAUAAGAUUUUCAGAUGAUUAAAAUGUUGUAGAUAAUAGAUUUCCAUUUGAAUUGAAUUUAUUGUGCAAUAAUAUCUUUAAUUUUAUUGGAACAUUUAUUGUAUUAGUAGUUCUUUAAUAUUAUUUGAUAUUACCUGUAAUUGUAUCAGCCCUUGUAUUUUAUAGAUUAUAAUAAUUAUAUAGACCAACUAGUCUAUCAUUGCGUCGUUUAGAUGCAGAAACUAAUUCAAAUUUGGCAACUUCAAUUUUUGAAUAAUUUAAAGGGAUUCUAACAAUAAAUGCAUUUAAUAAAAGAGAAGAAUUUAGAAGUAUUAUUAUAUAAUUAAUAUUAAGAUAUCUUUUUAAGUAAAUUAAUUUAGAGUACGUAAGUUUAAUGGUGUAGUAGAGUAAUAGCAUUGUGGUUAUAGAUAAGAUUAUAAUUAGUAGCAGGUUUCAUUGUAUUAUUCAUACUAUUAUUUACUGCUCUAAGUUUAUUUUAUGAAUUACCUAUAAGUAAAUCAACUUUGUAAUUGUUGUUAUAUUAUUCAUUAACAAAGAUUAGUUUAUUUAGAGAUUUGACAUUAUCCUUAACUACUUGUGAAUAAGAACUAGUAUCUUAUGAAAGACAAAAUAAAUAUUGUAAUAAUAAUAUAGAAUAAGAUAAAUGUCUUAAUUAUUCAGAAGACAUCAAAUUUAAAGAUAUUAAAUUAUAAUAUUUUAAUGGUUAAUUAGCUUUGAAAGGAAUAAAUUUAGAGAUUGAAUAAGGAAAAAGAGUAGCAUUUUGUGGAAGAACAGGUAGUGGAAAAUCUUCAAUUUUGGCAGUAUUAUUUUAAUUAUAUGAAUAAACUGAUGGAGAUAUGUCUGUACCAUCUUAAUAACUAUUUGAAUGGAGAAACAAAGUUGGUGUUAUUCCUUAAUUAGGAUUUGUAUUUGAUGGAACAUUAAGUGAGAAUUUAGAUUGUUUAGAUUAAAAUUUGAUUUCAAAAUAUGUUGCAAUGGAUGGUAAUUCUUAAAUAGAUUCAAAUUCAAUUUCUUAAGGAAUGAGAUAAUUGAUUUCAUUCUCAAGAGUAGUAUUAUAAAAUCCAGAUAUUAUUUGUUUAGAUGAAGCUACUGCAAGUGUAGAUUAAUAAGUAGAGGAUUUUAUUUAAUAAUAUUUGAGAGAAUGUGGAAAAACAAUUAUAACAAUUUCACAUAGAUUAGAAGCAUUAAAAGAUUAUGAUAGAAUAUAUUAUUUGGAAAAUGGUUUAGUAGUAGAAUAGGGUACAUUUUAAGAAUUGGUCUAAUUAGGAGGUGGAUUUGCAAAUUUGAGAAAUUGCUGA